AACAUGGCAGCCAUCGUGUUCCGGGCUGCGCUGCGGGGCUGGAUAACCGGCGUCCAGCCGGGCUGCGGCCUACGGUGGCUGAGCCAGACCCAGGGGCCUCCUGAUUACCCCAGCUUUGUGGAGUCUGUGGAUGAAUACCAGUUUGUGGAGCGCCUGUUACCCCCUACCAGCAUCCCCAAACCCCCAAAGCAUGAACAUUAUCCCACCCCUAGUGGCUGGCAGCCUCCCAGAGACCCCCCACCCAAUCUGCCUUACUUUGUGCGGCGCUCUCGGUUGCACAACAUCCCUGUCUACAAGGACAUCACACAUGGCAACCGUGAGAUGACUGUGAUCCGGAAGGUGGAGGGGGACAUCUGGGCCCUGCAGAAGGAUGUGGAAGAUUUUCUGAGCCCACUGCUAGGGAAGACACCCAUCACCCAGGUCAAUGAGGUGACAGGUACCCUGCGGAUCAAGGGCUACUUUGACCAGCAGCUCAAAGCCUGGCUCCUGGAGAAGGGCUUCUGAGGCCCAGCUGAACAGCCUGCAUGACAGCAUUCCCCACAGACUGGAGCCCGGGAGACCUGAGGAGGAGGAUGUUGCAGCCUCUGGGGCAGCCAAUAGAGACCAGGGCUAGGGGCUUGGGCAAGGCAGAGUGUGAGGGCUAAAGAGCUUCCAGGUCAGGCGUCGCUUGCAUAAAAGGGGAAACGGGACCCUCUGCACUGGGAGAGGGCUGUCUAUAAUUGGAGACCCUCUGGGAACAGCCAAGCUAGUGGGGAUCAUUGACCACCCACCCACCCCCAUUUGGCCUAUUCCUGCUUUCCUUUCAUUAGAACUCCUGGGGCUCCGCUACUCUAAUUCUAGGGGUUGUCAUCUGGUGGUAGAAGCAGUAGCCCAACCCAGUAUAGGAGGGCAGCACAGGGCACCCCUAGGCUCUUUCUAUCUGAUGGAGAAAUAUGAGGUCCAGUCCGGGUCCCUGUUUCAUUCCAGACCAAACUUGGGCGUGAUUGGGUUUCCAGCUCCAGGGAGUUAAGUGUGGCCUGACCACAAGAGGGUGCCUGGGAGCUCCUAGCAGCCCAGCGUAGGGCCUUCUCCCCAGCCUGCUGACCUGGAAUCGAGGCUGGACAGGAGUUUGCAGACAGGAAGAUGCUGGCCUUUUGCUCCUGCCAUCUAACGCCACCCCCAGCCACUAGCCUUCACUCUUGCCCCGUUCUUGGAGUCACAGGAGCAAAAGUCCUGAGUUCCCACAUGCACUCCAGCAUCAGACUGGCUAAGACAGCAUUCAGAUACUGGCUCCCCUACUUCGUCUCUGACCUAAGGCACUACUGAACCUCUCUGGGGCUCAGUUUCUCCGUAUGUAAAAUGGGUGUAUCUUUCCAGUUGUUUAAUAGUGUCCCCAAGGACAGUGCUGGCUUACAUGUAAACCCUCACUCUUGGAGAUUCCAGACCUGUCUCAACUCUACAGCCUCAUCAAGGAAAAAGAGCCCAACACACUGGUCCUAUGACACAAGCCCCACCAAUUGUUAAUGCAAGUUUUUAUUUGGCCGUAUAUACAAUUUAAGCUAUUAAAAUUUGUACAAUAUUUACAAAUUAAAUAAUCAUCUGAAA